AAAGGAAUUUGUAGAGUCGAAGAGUGAAUGACUCAAAUAAGACUUCAUUGUCAAAAAUUCCAAAUACUCAAAAAAAAAAAGAAAAAAAGAGAGACUUCAUUGUCAAAAACAACUUGGCUGUUGAGGCCGACUCCGAAACUGCGAUCAAAAGCUUAAACAACCGACACUCCCACUAACCGUUUGCAAACAGACCCCAACCAAACGGCCCUCAAAUUCUCCGCCGUCGACGUCGCCGCACGCACACAGUAGACGUGUAUAUAGAUUGAUCACUAUGGCGGCUAUGAUGUCGGAGAAGAUGGUGGACCCCACCCCAACGCCUGCGGCCUCAAUCACUCGCAAUUCUUCCGAACAGUUUUCCGCCGAAUCUCCGGCCGAUUCACCGUCUCUGGAACCACCCAAUCGCUCACCCUCCUCCACUCCCAGUCCUUCCAGGCAGCAGCUUGAUGAUCUUCAGGGUCACCUGCCUACGAGAGUUGAAGAGUAUCGGCAGCUGUUUCGUCUUCCAUCUGAUGAAGUUCUCAUCCAAGAUUUUAACUGUGCCUUGCAAGAGAAUUUUCUUCUUCAGGGUCAUAUGUACCUCUUUGGCCACUAUAUCUGCUUCUAUUCCAACCUAUUUGGAUUUGAGACAAAGAAAGUUAUUCCAUUUAAUGAAAUCACAUCAUUACGAAGAGCAAAAGCAGUAGCUGUUUUUCCAACUGCUAUAGAAAUAAUAGCUGGCGGGAAGAAGUACUUCUUUACCUCUUUUUUAUUCCGUGAUGAAGCUUAUAAGCUUAUCAAUGAAGGUUGGCUGCACCAUGGCUGUGGGUCUAAGGAAAUUACAGAUCAACAGGAGCCAAAGCCUGAUGUACCAAGCCAGGAAAACGGCAUCUAUAUAGUUGAAGAAUCAGGUAGUGCUAGACAAUCAUUGGAUGAGUCAGAUAUCACUGGAAGUGAUAACAAUCACAACAAUCACCUCAUAUCGGAAGGAUCCAAACAUUUAGCUGAUGGUGAACCUGAAAUUAUCCCAACAUCGUCAGUCAUGGAAGUUAAGGAAGAGCCCAGUGCACUGUCUGCUCCUGUUAUUGAGUGUUCAUCAUCAGGAAAAUCUUCUACAUGGGAGCCUGAGCCUACUGAUGCACCUGGAGUUCCUGAAGGCUACACCAGAGUUGCAGAGUCAAAGUUUCCGGUACGAGCAGAGGACUUCUUUAAUAUAUUCUUCUCUGAUGAUAGUGUUAGUUUCCAUGAGUCAUUUCAUGCAAAGUGUGGUGAUAAAGAUUUCAAGUGUUCAUCAUGGCAUCCUCAUGAAAAAUUUGGGCAUACCCGUGAUGUAUCAUUUCAGCAUCCAAUUAAACUUUAUUUUGGUGCAAGAUUUGGUAGCUGUCAAGAGGUUCAGAAAUAUAGAGUUUAUAGGAACAGUCAUUUGAUCAUUGAUACUUCUCAAAAUAUUAGUGAUGUACCAUACGGGGACUACUUUGCUGUAGAGGGACGUUGGGAUGUCGAGCAAGAGGGAAAUGAUUCAACGCCUUGCUGCACUUUGAGAGUUUACACCAAUGUGGCCUUUUCAAAGAGAACCAUGUGGAAAGGGAAGAUAGUUCAGUCUACAAUAGAAGAGUGCCGAGAAGCUUAUGCAAUUUGGAUAGACUUGGCACACAAAGUGUUGAAGCAGAAGAACUUGGAGAAAGGAGGGGUUUCUGCUCCCAACACGAUCCCAAAUAUAGAAGUUCAACCAGAAAAGCAAAGAAUCAGUUUGCAAAACCUGGAAUCAAAGGCGAGUGAUGUGGGAAUAUCAGCAAUCUUGCCUGACGUGACGGAUAUGAACCAACGAGUCACUUAUCUUCCGCAAGGAAAUGCUAGUGAGGCAUUAGCUGGAUCUCUAUUUAGAAAUCCCCUUGCCAAAUUCUAUACAUCAAUAAAACAUAUGAGCACUCCAUCCCUAUUUCUGGUCGUUACUAUUGCUGUGAUUCUCGUUUUAAUGCAGUUAAGCAUCCUCGUGUUAUUAAGUAGACCCCAGCGGAUCCACGUGAUCCCUCAGGCAGGCUUCACGAGCGGCAUGGAAAAUAGAGGGGAGGCAGUCGCCUCUGUGAGCAGGCAAAUCAAGUAUCUGAAGGAGGAGAUGCAUUUUGUGGAGACUUUGCUGGAGAAGAUGCAACAUGAGCAUGCUCAACUCAAAGGAAAAUUAAGAGAAUUAGAGCUGUUCAGGAACCAUCGUAUCUGAGAAAAAGGUGUUUGUACAUUUUGACAUUUUUUUGGUGAAAGUUUGUCUGUGUCAGCUCCCUCCAUUAUUCGAGUUUCAUUGUACAUCUGUAAAGAAGGCCUCAUCAACCAGGGACUUUUGUAUUCUAUGACUCACUCACUACAUGUAAUGGCUCUCUCUCUCUCUCUCUCAUAUUUGGCAGUAUGGAGUAAUUACUUUUACA